GGGAGGAGGAAGAUAGGAAGAGAGGAGCAGAGGUAGCCUCGUCUUCCUCGGGAUUGGGAGGAACGAGAGAGGCGGGGAGAGAAUGCAGGAACAGGGGGAGAGCUCGCGGCCUUCGAGCAGCGACAGGUCGUCCAGCUCCGGCAACCACAUGGGGCACAAGGAAGGGAUGGAGAGCGACGACGAAAUAGGUACGGUGCCGGAGCUGGGCCUGGGGCCAAGCGGCGCGUCCACGUCCGGCAGGAGAGAAGCCGACGGGCCGGAGCGCGCCCAGUCCUCCACCGCGCAAGGCAGCGCGCGUCGCCGCGGACGCACCCCGGCCGACAAGGAGCACAAGCGCCUCAAGAGGUUGCUGAGGAACCGGGUAUCAGCCCAGCAGGCAAGGGAGAGGAAGAAAGCUUAUUUGGGCGAUCUGGAGGUGAAGGUGAAGGACCUAGAGAAGAAGAAUUCGGAGCUGGAAGAGAGGCACUCCACCCUACAGAAUGAGAACCAGAUGCUCCGACAGAUCCUGAAGAACACCACUGUGAGCAGAAGAGGGCCAAGUGAGGGUCAAUAGCACAGAGGUUGUCAGGGUUCAUUUCCCGUGAAUCAAAGAGGCCCUAGGAUCGAAUAUAGCUGCGUUGAUCGAUCCGAAAAUACAUCACGUCUGGAACUUAAACUGGUUGGAAGCUUUCUGGCCAAAGGAUAACCUAAAAAAACCGGGGGCCUAAACCUGUGUAGAUCUUCACAGAUGUCCCCAUCAUACUCUAUGAAGUUCAGCACCACGUGCUGUGCUUCGUUAAUAAUUUCAGAAAAUUAGUUUUGAGUGAUUUAACAUGUAAUUUGUAUCAUUUUUUAUGUAUCUAAAAGUACGACCCAAACAUUUUAUUGUUGUGCAAUUUGCUUUCUAUUGUAAAAUGGGCACAUCUGGUGUCGGCAAUGCAGCCCUGUCAUGUUGGCUCUUGCAGAUCGACGAUAUAUGUUAUAUGGGUGAACAACUCAGCCCCUUCCAUCA